AUGUAUUCCUAUAUUGAGAGUGAAAUUCGAGAAGUAUCGAGAAUAAAUCUCUUGUCCGAUCAACAAGUCUUUGAUGAACUGAAAGAUGCGAUGACAGGCCGCAGAUAUUCUUGGUACACUAUCGCUUACGGGCUUCAGGUACGAUAUCGUCGCAGGCAAUUAAGAUUGGAACAUUUUGAACCAGAAAACCUCGUCUAUGAAUGGAACGUACUUUGCGAUGAAAGACUUGAUUGGAAAUAUCGUGGACAUCCAUCCUUCCUAAGUGCCAAGUUCAAUCGUGCUUGCUUGGUUAACUUAAAAAUCAUUCCAAUUCGAGCAGGGUUUGGAUCUGAAGCGAAACAGAUAACGGAGAACAACAUUGAUGAGAGCAUUAUUUUCCCUGCCAAUAUGGUUCUCACUGUGGGGAAGCCGGAUUAUACGACGCGCAACGGACAGUUUGGAGAGGGGGAGAACUCAAGAUCGAGAUGGGGCUACUUUUAUCACGAGGGGCCGGAAUUCAGGGUUGAUUAUAUACAUGAGCGAGUGGAGUAUUGA